GCUGCUCGGUGCUCACCAUAGACUCUGAGGUCUCCAGCAGACACAGUCUCUACUGCAAGAAAGCAUCAUCAGCCCAGAUCUGGUGGUCACCAGAGGGCAUGGCAUGAGGGAUCUGUCUGCAGGGAUCACCACCAGAUCACUUUCUCCCAAGGAAUAAGAAUUCUUCACCAUUGCAUCCUUUUUUUUUUUUUUGUUCCUAGUAUGAGAGGUUGACAACUUGUAAGCAGACUUUGAGCCUUGAGGAAGCCUUGGAGAAACCUUGCAGAAGCCCUGAAGAAGCCUUGGAGAAACCUUGCAGAAGCCUUGGAGAAGCCUUGGAGAAGGCAGCCCACCUACCUGGCUAUGUGGGGAUUGCAUUGUUGACAGCAGAGCUUGCACUCCAUUCCAAGAGUCAGACAGAACUUUGGAUACACUCUGUGCUGUUUCAGGAGGGAUCCAUCCUUUUGCUGCUGCUGGGGACUCUAUGGAAUGAAGAAGGAGCUAUUGAACCCAGGGUUAGCUUUGCAUGGUGCUGCUGCUAUCCUUAUUGUAGAUGAUGCUCUGGAGUUGCUGCACAACUAUCACACCAGCCUUUAUGCCAUACAGGAAUUAAAGGUCCAGGGUUAGAAGAACCAUUCUGGAGAUGGACUUGCUAUCUGCAUCGUACGUCUUGGCAGUUCUGAUAUCCUGUAUCGUCUAUGAGUCUGGUGCUCAGGAAAAGAAUUACAUUAUAAGAGAAGAACAGGGUGAAAACGUCUCCAUCGGGAACUUGUUGAGGGACCUAAAUCUGACGUUGGACCCUGACAGAGCCCUCUCCACCCCGCUUCAUUUUAAACUGGUCUACAAGACUGGAGAUGUCCCUCUGGUGCGGGUGGAAGAGAACACGGGGGAGAUCUUCACCACCUCCAAUCGGAUAGACCGGGAAAAGCUUUGUGCUGGAAUCUUCUCGGAGAACAAAUGCUUUUAUGAAGUGGAGGUGGCCGUUCUUCCAGACGAGAUCUUUAGGUUGGUCAAGAUCCGCUUCCUUAUCGAAGACAUCAAUGACAACGCUCCUCUCUUCCCAUCUACAGUCAUCAAUAUUUCCAUUCCGGAAAACACAGCCGUCAAUUCUAGAUAUACUGUACCAUCUGCCAACGAUCCAGAUGUGGGCAAGAAUGGAAUCCAAAACUAUGACCUCCUCAAGGGCCAAAAUGUGUUUGGACUCGAUGUCAUUGAAACUCCCGAAGGAGACAAGUGGCCCCAACUUAUUGUCCAGCAGAGUCUGGAUAGAGAGCAGAGGGACACAUACGUCAUGAAGAUCAAAGUGGAAGACGGUGGGAAUCCUCCGAGAUCGAGUACUGCAAUAUUACAAGUCACCGUCACCGAUGUCAAUGACAAUCGUCCUGUUUUUAAGGAUAAAGACAUGGAAGUGAAUAUUCCCGAAGAUGCGGCUGUGGGGACCUCGGUGACACAACUCCAUGCCACUGAUGCCGAUCUGGGCUCCAAUGCCAAGAUCCACUUUUAUUUUGGAAACCAAGUCUCCAACAUUGCCAGGCGCCAUUUUGCCAUUGAUAAUAACACUGGAUUAAUUACCGUUAAGGAACCUCUGGACCGCGAAGAAUCUCAUUACCACAAGCUGACAGUCUUGGCAAGUGACGGGAGUUCAACUCCUUCUCGAGCCACCGUCACCAUCAACAUCACCGACAUCAAUGACAACAUCCCAUCGAUCGAUACAAGGUAUAUCAUAAACCCUGUCAAUGGGACUGUACAAAUAUCCGAGAAGGCUCCACUCAACACAAAAAUUGCCCUGAUCACCGUCACCGAUAAGGAUGCCGAUCUCAAUGGGAAGGUGACCUGUUUCACAGACCAUGAUGUUCCCUUCAGGUUAAAACCAGUGUUUGACAAUCAGUUCCUCUUGGAAACCGCGGCCCCUCUGGAUUACGAGACAACCAGGGAAUAUGCAAUCAAAAUAGUUGCCUCCGAUUCUGGAAAACCACCACUCAACCAAUCCGCAAUGCUUCUUAUAAAAGUAAAGGAUGAGAAUGACAAUCCUCCCAUUUUUACUCUUCCCGUCAUUGGUUUGUCCUUUGUUGAAAACAAUCCGCCUGGCACAGAGCUGACCAAAAUCAGUGCAACCGAUGCUGACAGUGGGCGUAAUGCUGAGCUCAGUUACAUGCUGGGCCCCAAUGCCCCAUCCAUAUUUAAUCUGGAUCGGCGGACAGGUAUUCUCACCGCCGUAAGGAAACUGGACCGGGAGAAGCAGGACCGGUAUACCUUUACCGUAAUUGCUAAGGACAAUGGAAUGCCUUCCUUACAAACCAAUACCACAGUGACCUUAUCAGUCCUUGAUCAAAACGAUAACAGUCCCUCAUUCACUCACAAUGAAUACAACUUUUAUGUACCGGAGAAUCUACCGACUUAUGGCACCGUUGGCCUUAUCACAGUAACGGAUGAAGACAUAGGAGAGAACGCUGAGUUUACGCUCUCACUUGUGAAUGCAAAGGAUAAUUUUAUAAUCGAUCCUCAUACGGGGGUCAUUAAACCAAAUAUAACCUUCGAUAGGGAGCAACAAGGCGCUUACACCUUUCAAGUCAAAGCUGUCGAUCGAGGAACUCCACAAAAGUCUUCAACGGUAAAAGUGACCAUAUUUGUGGAGGACGUCAAUGAUAACCGGCCUGUAUUUGUUGUCCCGUCCACAAAUUAUUCCUAUGAAUUGGUGCCAACCUUAACCAAUCCUGGCUCUGUUGUAACCAAAGUCUUUGCCGUGGAUAAUGACACCGGGAUAAAUGCCGACUUACGUUACAGUAUAAUAGGAGGAAACUCAAGAGGUUUGUUCACCAUUGAUGAAAGGAGUGGUAAUAUCAGCCUGAAGGAGAAAAUACUGGCUGGUGAUCAUGGUUUGCACCGGCUGGUGAUAAAAGUUAAUGAUUCGGGGAAACCUGAGCCUUUUCACACUCUUGCUCUGGUGCAUUUGUUUGUCAAUGAAACCAUCACCAAUGGAUCUUACGUUCAAGAACUUGUAAGGAGAAACAUGGAGACUCCGGUCGGGCAAAACAUCGGAGAUGGAGAGAUCACACCACAGACCAACGACUAUGUCAAAAUCAUUAUCGCAAUCAUUGCGGGAACCAUGACCGUGAUUUUGGUCAUUUUUGUCACUGCUCUGGUACGUUGCCGCCAAACCCCCCGCCACAAAGUGGUUCAAAAGAACAAGCAGAGUGGGGAAUGGGUUUCUCCAAACCAAGAAAACAGGCAAAUCAAGAAAAAGAGGAAGAAGAAGAAGCGCUCUCCAAAAAAUCUCCUCCUCAAUUUUGUUACUAUAGAAGAAUCAAAGACUGAGGAUCCUGCCCAUGAACACAUCAAUGGCACGUUGGACAUCCCGGUGGAGUUAGAAGAGCAAACUAUGGGGAAAUACAAUUGGGGCACCACUCCGACUACAUUCAAACCCGAUAGUCCAGAUCUGGCCAAGCACUACAAGUCUGCUUCUCCACAACCUACCUUCCAGAUAAAGCCAGAGACACCGGUUCCUCCUAAAAAACAUCACGUCAUCCAGGAACUACCACUUGACAACACAUUUGUUGUGGGCUGUGACUCAUUGUCUAAGUGCUCCUCCAGCAGCUCGGAUCCUUACAGUGUCUCAGAGUGCAGUUGUCAAGGAGGCUUCAAGGCACCCGGCCCCAUCCACACACGACAGCAAGGAAAAGACUCUGGAAAACUUCAAUCUCCUCUGAAGGAAUCGAAUCUGGAGACCUGGAUUCAACCACCGGUUCAGCGUCGCGUCACCUUCCAUCUCCCUGACGGCUCUCAGGAGAGUUGUAGUGACGGCGGAUUGGGCGACCCAGAAACCAAUAGUGGCUCCAACGUAUCUCACCCUCUACCCCUCGGCUUUGGCCAGGAGGAAUAUUACGAGCAAUCGUCCACCAAUAGCAGAACGGAGGGUGAUGGGAACUCCGAUCCAGAAUCAAAAUUACACCUACUAAAUUGUAUCACUCAGGCGCCUCCAUUCGGGCCCCCGGCAAUUGAAAUCAACCUCCAGAAAGCCCUUGCAGAAGCCUCAGAGACCUGCACCCAAGAAUGCCUCAUCCUCGGCCACUCCGAUAACUGCUGGAUGCCACCGUCUCUGACCCAAUACCAACAAUCCAACCCGCCUUUGCCAACAUUCGGCUUCCAGCAAGGUUGGGGAAGAGGUAUGAGACCGGACGGAGUACACACCCUUGGAAGACCUCUGCCCAAGGAAGAUCCCGACAAGGUUUCAUCUCGACCCCAGUUUUACAACACGUGCGAGAGACAUUGUACCAUCGAGGAUCCUGUCAAAGUUAUUCCCUUGGCAAAUUUUACCCCGUGUCAACAAGCAGCGGCUUCAGGGAGUAAUUCUAAGUUUGUACACGAGCACCAACUCUGAAGUGUAUCUAGUAGGCUCGUUCUGUGUAUACUUGUGUGUCAGAUGUACAUAGUCACAGCUUAAAACUCCAUAAAAUAUAUGUAAGAUACGUAGGAGUGUGAAACGAGCUACAUUGUGUAUAUAGAACUCUACAUCUAAUGACUGAAGUAAGACUAAUGCUAUGUAUUGUAUGUUCUUAAAAAGUGUCAACCACAACCAUUCCAUCAGAACGUUAUUCUCCCAUAACUUUUAUGGGCUACAAAUGAGCCAGUCGUCUUGUCUGAGGUCAUCUUGUCUGAGCUUAAAGGGGUACUCCACUUGGAGAAAAAAAUGUAAUCAAUUGGUGCCAGAAAGUUUAACAGAUUUGUAAAUUACUUCUAUUAAAAAAUCUUAAUCCAUCCAAUACUUAUCAGCUGCUGUAUGAUACAGAGGAAGUUAUUUUCUUUUUGAAUUUCCUUUCUGUCUGACCACAG